GCUUUUGUUCCUCUUAUUUUUUUGCUCAGGAAAACUCUUUCAGUAGAUCGAAAUGUAUAUGCGCGCUUCGCAAAUCCUGCAGGCUAAUGCUCUGCUUCGUGUGCCCUUCGUACGCAUGUCAGCAGCCGCGUUGCCAAAACCCAAUCCGAACCCCGAAGUGCAUCAUACAAAAAUUUUUAUCGAUAACGAAUGGCACAAUUCGGAAUCGGGCAAAACUUUCCCUACAUUGAAUCCGGCCACAGGAAAGAAAAUCGUUGACGUGCAGGAGGGAGACAGAGCCGAUGUCGCGAAAGCUAUUAAGGCUGCCCGUAGAGCUUUCGAUUUCGAUUCUCCUUGGCGUAAGAUGGACGCGUCUCGUCGUGGAGAGCUUUUGAACAAGUUAGCCGAUUUGAUGGAACGGGAUAUUGUACAACUGGCUAGUUUGGAAACACUCGACAAUGGCAAACCGUUCAGCCAAGCAGUUGCAGGUGAUCUUCAACUCAGCAUCAAAUGCCUCCGUUACUACGCUGGUUGGGCAGACAAAAAUCAUGGGAAGGUCAUUCCCAUUGAAGGCGAUUUCUUCACGUAUACGCGGCAUGAACCCGUUGGGGUAUGUGGUCAAAUAAUCCCUUGGAAUUUUCCUAUCCUGAUGCUGGCUUGGAAGUUGGGCCCUGCCUUAUCAAUGGGGAACACCGUGGUCAUGAAACCCGCCGAACAGACUCCGCUUACCGCCUUGUACAUAGCUAAUCUGAUCAAAGAGGCCGGUUUUCCGAAGGGGGUUGUGAACAUUGUUCCGGGAUACGGCCCCACUGCCGGAGCAGCGAUUGCCGAAAGCAUGAAAGUGGAUAAAGUUGCAUUCACAGGCUCCACGGAUGUGGGUCACAAGAUUAUGCAAGCCGCGGCGGCGUCCAACAUGAAACGAAUUACUCUGGAGCUGGGAGGCAAAUCCCCGAACAUUGUUUUGGCGGACACGGAUAUCGAUUAUGCCGUAAAAACAUCCCACUUUGCGCUGUUCUUCAACCAGGGACAGUGUUGUUGCGCCGGGUCGAGGAUUUUUGUAGAGGACAAAAUCUACGACGAAUUCGUGAGCAAGAGCGUUGUCGAAGCAAAGAAUCGUAAGCUGGGUGACCCGUUUGACAUCAACACUGACCAGGGUCCACAAGUGGACAAUGACCAAAUGGUGAAGAUUUUGGAAUUGAUCGAGUCUGGCAAGAAGGACGGAGCGACCUUGCAUACUGGAGGCUCUCGAGCAAAAGCAUUUAAUGGCUUUUAUGUCGAACCAACUGUCUUCAGUGACGUUACAGACAAUAUGCGCAUUGCUAAGGAAGAGAUAUUUGGGCCCGUGCAACAAAUCAUGAGGUUCAAGUCAAUGGAUGAACUCGUGGAUCGUGCGAACAAUUCCAUUUAUGGUCUUGCUGCGUCAGUAUUCACUCAAGACAUUGACAAAGCUAAUUAUUUGAUUCAGCGCCUGAAAGCUGGAACUGUGUGGGUUAAUUGCUAUGAUGUUUUCGGAGCUCAAGCACCGUUUGGCGGAUACAAAAUGUCUGGACUUGGGCGAGAGCUUGGAGAAUAUGGUUUGCAAGCAUACACAGAGGUUAAAACUGUGACGACAAAGAUUCCGACGAAGAUAAGCUAA